AUGAAGGCGCCGUCUCCUCUCGUCGCUCUCGGGGUCUUCCUCCUCGGGGUCUUCCUCCUCGGGGAGACCUACGAGGUCGUCUACUCCAGCUGUCGGAAUCGGAACGGAUUUCGCCUCGUUAGGUCCAUCCUGGCCACCUACAUUCUCGCCUCGAACGAUUCCAGGAUCUGCAUGGAGGUCUGCGCCCGGUUCCCUUCGUGCAAGGCCUUCAACUUUCAGGUCACGUUCGCUUUACGCUUCGCAAUCGUGGCAUCGCCGCUUCGGUUUCGCCGAAAUUUCAGCGCCGAAGAGGGAGAUUUUUGCAUCAAAUUUCAACCAGAAGUGAAAGCCAGCGUAGCCAGCGUGGCACGACUGAGUUUGCCCUCAGACGACGUGAUGUUUCGGAUUCAGGCGAGAACGAAGACCUGCGAGUUGUUGGAGUAUGCCUUCUGCGACCUGAACGGCGCGGCUCUGACCCGUAUUUCCGGCUGGACCUACUGCGACGUGGAUUCCGAACCCGGAAAGGUGGCAUUUCCUGGUCUCAUCGACACGACUGCCUGCAUCUCCUCCGGCUACUGCUCUGCGUCCUGCGUUCGGCACUACGGAGAGUUUUGUGUCAUGCCGCAGCAAUGUCAGGCUUCGACGAUCGGGGCGACCUGCACCAUCGACACGUGCACCUGUCCGUCCGCUUGGCAGUAUUUCAACGGUGUUUGCCUCUCGCCCGACACCCCACGAAGGACUGCUCGGGUUGCAGCUCGUCUGCUGGGUUGGCCUUGCAAUACGGCUUCUCAGUGCUUGGCCACGACCAACGGGAGCCUCUGCGAUCCCACCUCGUUGAAAUGCGUCUGUUCCGCCACUUAUGCCCAGAUCGACGAUUCCACCUGCCUGCCGAAAGUGGCGUUCGCUGGGGCCUGCACGAACGACAAACAAUGCAGUAAGGUCGUGGAUGGGAGCCAGUGCAUCGGAAAUGCAUGCGAUUGCAUCGCCACGUAUUACUUCGAUUCCAUCAGCAACAAAUGCGUUCGGAUCACUACGACGACGACCACCACCCCGCCGGCCCCGACUCCAUGAACCAUAGAUUGGACGACGACGACGACUGUAACUCCCUCAAUGUUCUGAUCGGCCUUUAUUCCCUCAUCGGUAUCGUGUGCACUCCUUUGGGUCCUCCUGCUCCCAACCGCCGGCUUCUUUCCAUUCUUCCCACGAGCAUGUAUCUUCACAGUAGAGAGAAAGCAAGUUUCUCGUGCAAGUCAGCGUGGACGCAGUCCUCUUCUCACCGAGUUUCAGCUCACCCGCUUCUUUUCGCACCGGCAUGUUCGCAUCGAUAACGGUUGUCAGUAUACAUAUUUCUUCUCGUGGCCUCCUGUCACUCACAUCUGAUGAAUUUCGGGGGGUUAAUAGCUUAGAGUGUUGAAGGAUAAAAAAACAGUGCGGUUAGAAAUGACCCC